AUGCUACUGGUUUGUAACGACAUACAGACCCUGCAGGAGGAAGUCAGCCUGCUCCGCCCAACGAUACACCUGAGACACAGAGCAACAGAUGAUGUGCGUCUCUUUGGCUUUGUGCGGAUCACAACGGGUGAUGCCAUGAGCAAGCGGGCCAAGUUCACCCUCAUAACCUGGAUAGGGGAAAAUGUGAGCGGCCUGCAGCGUGCCAAGAUCAGCACUGACAAGACACUGGUGAAAGAUAUUGUCCAGAACUUUGCCAAGGAGUUCAUGAUCAGUGAUGCUCGUGAGCUAGAGGAGGACUACAUUCGCACUGAGCUGAAGAAGGCAGGCGGGGCGAACUAUGACGCCCAGGGAGAGUAAAGCAAAGUC